UUUUCUUUUUUGUUUCUAUAACACAGAAUUCAUAGAUUUAGAUCUAAAUCUAUUAAAAAGUAUUAUAAAUCUAGAUCUAGUCUACAUUCUACAUCACUCAUUUAGAAUUUAGGUCUAGGGGGUCUAGAUCUAGAGAUUUCUGCUAUCUACACUACUAUAUAAGUCUGGUAGACUCUUAUAAAUUUGAAAUGGAGAGAAAGGCCUCAUCAUGAGCAAGUCACCAAAAGUUACUCUUCCCUCUGCAGCAGCUGAAAGUCUUUGUUGCUGUGAGUAUCACAACAUGCAAGGGGAGCGUAGCCAUGUACUGUCCUCUUGUUGUGAUUGUGAAGCAUUGGAUGAAAUGUUUGAUAAAAUGUUUAAGUGUGAAAGAGUGCCAGACACCACAAUCGAUCGUCUUGUCAACACCAUAUCAGAUCGCUGCCGCAUACCUUCCUGUUUUGGAUCUGGAGCUGUGAAAUUGCGUCCUGAUGUUAUUACGCCAAUUCUGGUUGUCCCUACCUGCCUUUUACUUGCGACCCUUCACCCUGUUAUGACUUUUGCUGUCUUUCUUUUCAUGCCGCUCUUUGUUUUACUGUUUCAUUCAUUGUGGAGACGGAGAGGCAAAAGUCGCAGGACUCUUUUUUUCUAUUCAUGGGGGAUAACGUCUGUUAUCAGUUCAUAUCUAGUGUUUCAGUUUUUUGUGGUGGCAUUUCGUGAAGUUUUACUUUGGGAGAUACUUACAGUGUUUACUUCAAUGAUGAUAAUGUUCUAUUUCCUGUAUCAAACCAAACGUGACCCGGAAGUACUAAUUGUGUCCCACAGGUCCCGUACAAGUUCAGCAGUCAACAAAACUCUGUAUGACCAGGCACCCAAGAGUCAAGAAAAUGAACAGAAAGUUUAUGGUGAGGAAAUGGUCACAGUGAGUCUUGAUAGAGAUCAGAUGGUUGACGACUCUGUCCAUUGGGUAGAUUCAAGAACAAGUGGAGGCAAGGUAGAUGUACCAGCUAGAGCAGGUUAUUGCAAGCUGUGUGAAGCUUACAUCGCAGUGAGGGACCAUCAUUGCAUUUGGAUUGACAGCUGUGUUGGUGGGCCUAACCAUCGAUCUUUUCUCCUGGCGAUGAUUAUGUUUGUUUUUACUGGGGUCUACGCUGCUCACUUGACCUUCACCACUAUCUGCACACCAAAGAUGUACUAUGACUGGUUUCUUCUGCCGAAUGACUGCCGCUGGUUGUACAAUGACUUUUUAACAGCUAUUUGUUUUGUGACUGCGGUUUACUGCAUCCUAGUGUCAUCCUUUAUGCUCGUUGGACUUUUAUACCAGUUUGUUCUGAUUAGUCAGAACGUGACUUCUCAUGAACUUGCCCACGGUCAGCGUCGCGGGCAAACAAGGUGCUGCUUCUUCCUGAAAGACAACCCCCACAGUCGUGGCUUUCUGAGAAAUUGGUUAGAAUUUUGGUUCAUGGGGUCAAGGGUUAGCAACCUUAGUUCAGUGUCGUAGCUUGUGAAUUUAGUUUUUCUUUUUUGUAUUGUUGUCUUAAACGAUCAAUUGAUCAUAUAUAAGCAAAACCAAAUUUGAAAUUAUUUUGUUUUGUGAAAUUGUUCUUCAUUAUCUUGAAACAAAUAAGAAGCUAAUAAUUGUGCUAUUUAUUAAUACAGUUUGUGACUUUGUUUAAAACCUUAAAUUUUGUUAUAUAUGUGUCAUUAAUUUAAUAUAAGCUUGGUGAGGAUUUAGCAAAGAAAUGCAUUUAUCAUUUCGAUAAGAAGAGAAAAUCAAUCUCUCUAAACCUCUUUCCUGCGGAAGCCAUUGAAGUAGGUUGUGAAAUGUCACAGCUGUUGUUUCUCAUUAGCCGACAGCACAACUUGACGCUAUUGUUAUUUGGCACCCUUGUCGGCAGACUGACGUUUAAAAGAUAGAUCUACUUUCAACCACUUACUGUGGUCAAUUGGUCAGGCAUAUGACAAGCUUAAAUAACUAAGUUAGUUGACCUUUGACCUAUAAUUGGUAAAUUUAAAAGAACAACAUGUUUUCUCUAAGAUUACUUUUUCUAUUUUUAUUCAUUUUUUUUGUGUGUAUACUUUUCUAAUGACAGCAAACAAAAUAUGCAAAAAAUGGUGUCUUUUUUUUUUAUUAAAUAUAUACAUCUUUUAUCAUUUUUUACUGCCAAAUAUUUGUGUCAUCAUGAAUUUUGUAAAUCUUGCUUUUGCUGAGUAUGGUUUUAUAAAGGUGCAUAUUCUUGAUAUAAUUGUGUCGCAUCAUUCCAGUGAUAUUAGAAUCACCGGGACAUUAAGUUUUGUAUUCCUCUUUGACAUAAUGCAUGUGUUAUUAGUGGCAUAGCUAUGGUGGAGGGGAUGUGGGAGGAGAAUUUGAAUUUGAAAAUCACCCUAGGCCCUAAAUGAGUGUUAGAAAUUUUGUUUUACAUUAAAUAUUAAAUAUUACCCCAUUAUCUCAUGUCAUGAUGUAGAAUGUCAAAAUGCAGGGGCUCCUAAAGAGGCCAGGCCCCCUCGGGCCCACAAAUUCCUUGCUACGUUACUGUGUGUCAUACAUUCUAGCAUUUUUUUUCCUUUUUACCAUUAAUGCAUCAGUUAAACAUAGUAUUACCAGACAAUUAGUCGCCCACAGGAGAACAAAAAAUAGACACUGAAAAUUAUGUUUACAAUUAAAUCUAUCAAACUUGUCAUUGACAGUAGGCUGCUAAAUUGCUAAAUUAAGUUGCAUGUUUUGUCGAAGUGAAUUUUUGCAGUAGUAUGUCAUUCGCACAAACAUGUGUGGAGCACUAAUUUCUUCACAUUUAACUUUGUGGGAAUGCCUCUCACUGAGUGAUGGAGAGACUGUUUCUCUUUUAUGUCAGUUGGACUGUGCUUUGAAUUUCUAUAAAUCAAAUAAGAAAAUAAAGAUAAAAUGUUAUUUAAACCUUGGUUAGGCCAAUAAUAAAAUACGCAUCCUCUGUUUGGGACCCCCUCAACUCAAGAAAACAUUAAGAAACAGGAGCAGACAUAAAAUAGAGCAGUGAGAUUCAUAACAAACGAAUAUUCACAUUUGAUUAGAGUAACACCUUUAGUAAAAUCACUAAAUUUAGAAAGCCUUCAGGAGAGAAGACUUAAAAGUAAAGUAGCAACUAUACAUAAAACGAUGAACCAUAAUCUUCAAAUACAAAAACAAAAUUUAAUAAAAUACUCUGAAAGACAUUCCAUAUGCUAGGACAUCUUUGUACAAAGGCUCCUUGUUCCCUAGUUCUAUUAGAGCAUGGAAUGGGUUGCCUGAGCUAGCCAGGAAAACCAGUGACUUGGCAGAAUUUAAGUCAUUGGCUUAACAUGCAUGACUAGAAGCAUGAUGCGUAGGACGUAAUCAUCUUCUUCUUUGAAGAAACAUCUGUAUUUUAUAAGAUAAGAACUGCGAAAAGCUUUUUUUUAUUAGAAAAAUUCAGAGAUCUUGGGGAUGCUCUGAGAAAUGUCUGUUUAAACAGCUGUGAUUAUACACAUGCAAUGUUUCUGCUCUGCCAAUGACUUCAAGUUUGCAGAACUGGUCAAACAAUCGUCAUUAUUCACAUCAAUAGCCCAUGUCCUCUGUUAGCUAAACGUCUGGCAACCUGGCAAUAAAAAUAUGUUUAAAAAAAAAAAUGUGCCAUUGGAACUCAAUAUCUGACAACAGUAGCUGAAAUGACAGGCUGUACAGUAAGGACUAAAUUGAAAUUAUUGAAAGUAAAUUAUCACAAUUUUUGUUGUUGUUUGUUUUGACUUACACUUGCAACAAGGCUAUAGCAACUUUGUUCUGUUUGGUAGAAAGUGAAAAUUUAUGUUAAUUAUUUUAGUGUGACGUUUUGUCAUUUCUUAUAGCUCCUUAGUUUCUGCAAUUAUUUUUUCAUUUGUCGAUUGCAUUGUAAAUGAAGAACAGUUUACUGGCUGCUCCAAAGUAUCUAAACUUCAAUGCCAUUGUUUAGGCCUCAUUGUUUCUCAACUUGUGGAUGGCUGAUUGGAUUACUAGCCAGCUAAACUUAAAAAUUUGUAACAUGCUUUUUAUUGGCUUGCUUUCUUGGGAAGGACGAGGUGAGAUCCUGGGUAUUGGUUAGGGUCAGAAUGUUGUCAACCACACAGCAUUUCCCCCCCUCUCCACACAACUGUUUUGUCCCAAGGAAUGGCAAUAGCUGAUACAGAUUGUGGUCUGCAAAAGCUGAUACAGAUUGUGGUCUGCAAUAGCUGAUACAGUUUGUGGUCUGCAAUAGCUGAUACAGUUUGUAGUCCCCAGCUUCUUAUAUUUGUUACCACUACGACCAUGCAUAAUCACAAUCAUCCAGAACCAACACUCUAUAAUGCACCAGUGAUGCAAGUACGUUCGCGCACAAUUUAAGGAAUGAUACUGAAACGUAGUAUGUGCAUUUCUCUGUCAGCGGUUUUAAUCAGUGUGUUGCAUCUCUAAAGAUUCCAGUUUUUUUUUUCAAAAUAUCAGCUCAGUAUUUGUAACCUGCCUUAUCUGUGAUUCUACUUGUUAAGUGACACAUUUAUAUACUCCAGAGCUUUGCAUGGCUUCAACAAUUGACUCAAAUCUUUUGUCUAGAUGCUUGGGGUGUAUGGGCGACUUUCUCAAUUAGCUUUUCUACUUUUAUUCUCUAAAUUACAAUUUUUAUGGAAUGGUUUACAUAAAAAAAAAUUAAAGGUGCUACCCGGUAUUGGUUUAUAUUCUUAAAUACAAAGGCUUCUAAUUCAUAUCUCUAAUCAUUUGAUGACAUAAUUUAUCUCUAAAAUUUUUAAUAUUGUUUUGUACUCAAAAAAACAAUUGUAUUACUUUUCAACAAAUUUGCUAUGUAGCUUUUGCAAUUUGAACCUGUCUUUGAUUCGUAUAUGUUUAUUAUGACAGUCUGCUUAUAAUAUUUGAUCAAUUUGUUGUUUAUCAUAUGUUGUUGCAGUUGCAACAUUUUAACUAACACAAUUAGAAUGCUUGCAUCAAUUUCAACAGUUGCAUUCUGUUUCCAUCUGUAUGGGAUGCCUCCUCAGAGUUAAUUUAUGUUCAGUCUAAGUCAAUCAUGUAGUUAUCUUUAACACUGCUGUAGAUUGUCCAUUGUUUUUUAAACAAAAUAGCUGCUAUACAAGAUCAUACUCUUUAUUUCACAGCUGUAGUCAGAGCAUAUCAUUUGGAUAUACAGUUUCUUUUUGUUUUUUAGUUGUAGGAAGGCUGUGGUUCAUCUCUAAAAACACUUUUUUCGUAUGACUGUUGAGCCCUAUUCUGGAGGCCGUUGUUUCAUCUUGUAGAGCACUGUUUCAUAUGUCUGUAGAGCCCUUUUCUGGAGGCCGUUGUUUCAUCUUGUAGAGCACUGUUUCAUGUGUCUGUAGAGCCCUAUUCUGGAGGCCAUUGUUUCAUCUUGUAGAGCAAUGUUUCAUAUGUCUGUAGAGCCCUUUUCUGGAGGCCGUUGUUUCAUCUUGUAGAGCACUGUUUCAUAUGUCUGUAGAGCCCUAUUCUGGAGGCCAUUGUUUCAUCUUGUAGAGCACUGUUUCAUGUGUCUGUAGAGCCCUAUUCUGGAGGCCAUUGUUUCAUCUUGUAGAGCAAUGUUUCAUGUGUCUGUAGAGCCCUUUUCUGGAGGCCGUUGUUUCAUAUUGUAGAGCAAUGUUUCAUAUGUCUCUAGAGCCCUAUUCUGGAGAGACAUUCCAAUUGACAUACAACUCAGGUAAAGCUUUUUCUUCCAUAUCUGAGGCCAAUGCUUUUUCAUUGUCCAUAGCUUUCUUUAUCACCUUCUCUCUCCUCAUAGUGCAGUCUUGCCAGUAGUCCACAUCAACGUCCACUGCUUUGAGGUCCCGUUUGAUCGCAUCCAUAAGUUUGUGUGACCAGCUCUGCUUGUGGCCAUCGUAAGUUGUCUGUGAAGGUUGGGGUAUGCUCUUCCUCCAUCUCGUUGACAACUCCAAGCCAACUUUUGCUACCUGUUAAAUAUUAUUUAGUCAUUUCUCUUUUAAUGAUUUGCUGUUUUGGUGUGCCAAUUAAUUUUACUAAAAAUAGAUUUCACCAUGUGCGGGUGACCUAAUUAGUAAGCUCAUAUCUAAACUUUACAAACCAUGGCUGGAAAGAAAGGUAAAAGUGUUUGCAGAAUGUAUUCAGAGUAGGCCAAUGUAUGUAUAUGUGUUUAAUUCUCAUCAUUUCAUUGAUGGUCUUUAGACAAAGAUGUAGAUGAAAAUGCAUGUACCUUUGAUUUUUAUUCUCAAGUCUUGCCUGGUCAUGUUAAUGUCUAGUUUGUAAAUACCAAUUAUUUUGUGCAAACUUUGAUUCCUGACCCCUGUGAUGUAACUUAUUUAUCUAGUUUCCAAUUAAUUAGUCCAUCUCUGCUUGGUAUUGGUAUGUAGAAUAUGUUUGAUUUUAUUUUUUCAUUAUUUUAUUAUUUGUCUUUUGGUAAUAUUAAAAUAAUUAUAUUUUGUUGUUUGUAAAAAAAAAAAUAUUAAAAAAUAAAGUAUUCAUUUAAUAGUUCUAGCUUUAGAGGAAUAAAUUCUGCUAUUUUAGGGUGUUUUCACUUGGCAUUGUGAAAGCAGUGGUCUGGGGUUUAAAUCUCGUCAUAUUUGUACGGGGAGUAGUUUGCAAGAAAGCGCUCCCAGGGAGGUCAAUACAAGUGCUAUAAAGACACUCUCAAGAGCUCCUUCAAGGAAUUCAACAUUCACGACUGGGAAGCACUAGCUCUCGAUUGCUCCUCAUAGCGUGAAGCUGUGAGUCUCGGAGUCUCAAGAUUUGAAGCAAGAAGAGUGGCCAGGGCGAAAGAGCGCCGAACCAACAAAAAGCUGAGAGAAGAAGCCGGACUAUCUGCAACUGACCAGACCUACCCUUGCCACGUAUGCGCCGGCUUUUUAAAGUUGAGGAUUGGACUUUACAGUCAUCUUCGAGUACAUAGGAAAUGAGAAAUGAUCAGGAAGGAGGAGCUAUAUAUAUUUGCGUCCUGUUUAGGCUUAAGGAUAAGUUAUCUUCUAUAAGGUUAUUUAAGCAUAGACUAACAGUUAGUGCAAGGUGGUAAUAAAUUAGGUGGGUAGUUGAACUGUCCUCACAAUACCUUUACACUGUAUGGUAUAUUCCGCAACUAGGUAGGCUUUUUAAAUUCCAUUAGUAAUGUGCUGGUCACUAAUAGUCUAAAUUGGAUUUGACAGCUCCGGUGUUUGCGGGAUAUGUUCUCCGACAAAAUACCAAGAGUUGCGAUAACAUGGCAGCAAAUAUGAGGAAAGCGCAAACAGGGGGCGUCCUGGUAUAACUUGGUGCCACACUUUCAUGGAGGACCUCAGAGCAGUGGACACCAGGUGGGAAGAGGCUUCAGAUAUUGCCAGAGACAGAUUGCUUCCCAAUGCGCUGAAUGGCGCGAGAGGAUCUAAGUCUAAAGCUCCGGUGUUGAAACUAACCAGAGGGAAGGUGGUUUGAUGUAGAACAGUCAGUGAUUUAAGACAUGCUUUUGUGUUCCAUUCUUGUUUUCUAGACAGAUCUGCCUGAUACUGAUAUGUCCAUACAUGUUUUUUUGUACAUAAUUGAGUUAUAGGUACCAGUACCAGGGGGAAAGUGGUAAAGGGCUAGUCUUCCAAACUGGAGGGGGUCUUGAGUUUGAGUCCCAAUAAAGACUGAGAAUUUGAGUUUCAGGAUUUUUAGGACACCCCCCGAGUCAACUUAAUUGGGUACCUGACAUAUAUUAAGGAAGUUAAGGUGGUUUGUCAUUGUGCUGGCCAUCAGCAUCAGACAUAGAAAUAGUUACCCUUUACAUCUUAAGCAGAUAAAAUAUUCUGAAAGGGAUCCUUUUAGAUAGCCUGUGAAACAAACAGUAUAGAUCAUUUUCUAAUAACUUUUUUUUUACCCUUAAAAAAUCAAUUUAAAAUAAUAUACUUGAUGUAUCAAGUUUUUUUUUUCUUUGUUGACUUUUUUUUUUUGUAUGAAAUGUUUCCUUAGUAUUAAUUUAAUACUCAAUAAUAUCUAGGCUUAAUUAUAAGAUCAUCAUAUUGUGAUGUUAACUAAAUGUUGAGCUGGUGAGAAUGUAAUCUUGUCAAUUUGAGAUGUCUUAACACCAAAACUUAAAUUUUUUUUGUAAGUUUUGGAUAGUCCUUCAGAAAUGUAUGUUAUUACGUCCUAGCCCAUAAUUUCUGCAGGACAGUAGGGGAUGACGGUGUACAGGGUUUAAAUUUGGGGCCAUUAGACAGCCCAAAACCCAUACCACUCCACCAUGAAUGCUGUAACUCAUGCUGUUAUUAAGUGGAUCUUAACAGACUGGAGUCGGUAACCUGCAUGAGAUUCACCAUAAAAAUGUUUUUUUUAUGCAGUCACAUGAAUUUAAUAAUUUGAAAAUGUUCCAAUUCCUACAGUUCUAUUGUGCUCUCCAUAAUGAUUACUAAAUGAUGAAUAAUGUGCUCAUCUGAUCAAAUAUAUUAUGAAACUAUUCCAUACUGUGAUUCAUUUAAUAUUCACAUAAUGAUGUAUGUAUCUUGUCAGUUUUUGUAUAUAUCUGGGCUGAAAUAAAAGUCAGUUUAAUAAACAAAA